CACGGAGAGGAGGGAGGCGAGCGUAGAGGAGGGAGGGCGAAGAAUAAAUCCGUACUCCGUAAUCAUUAGAGCUCACAAGCCCUUCCUGUGACACGCUGCCGCCGUGUUGCUGUCAGGAUUGCGAGAGCCCUGCUGAUGCUGGACAGCGGGGCACAGGUGGGACGGGGGGCCGAGAGAGAAACCAAAGACGGGACAGGAAGUAAGGCAUCAAGACCCCCCCCACCAAAAAACAGUUGAAAGGAAUCUUCCCAAGUCAGACGGCGGUCUUGCUCACAUCUGUCCCCCGCACCGUCGCCAUCUGUCCGGCUCGCUUUGAUGGAGCUGGAGCGACGGGGGAGGGCGAGGAGGGGAGGCUGGACGACGGGGAGCGGGGGUCACCCUGAAGCAUCAGCCUGAGAAGGACAGGUGUCCCUACACCAAGAUGGAGUACCGCUCAGAGGAGGAUUUGUUUUGCUAAGUUCCUGGCAGCUCUUUGCAGGUCUGUUUCCCUUCCAAGCAUCCGAGCCAAGACUGGAAUUGUUUUUCCCCUGGAGGUGGCCGAACAGCUUUCAAAUAAAAACCUUUGAGUGCUCAGAGCACCCGGGGACCUUUUACCUGCAAUCUCUUCCUUGAGCCACAUGUCUCACCUUCCCAAGCGGACUAUUUAGCCAAAAGUGAGUGUGAAGAGCCACCAUGUGUUAAUUUGCACGCUGUGAUAUCGCUCCAUCACGCCGCAUCACCCCCCCGGCCCCCACCUCCCCUUUCUCUCCUCCUCAGCAGCCAGAGAUAAUGUGACCUUCUGCCAAAAUGCUGGAAACCAUGCCACCACCGUCACAGCGGGCUCCUCUGUUGCUGCUACUCAAAUAGACUCAAACAAGUGCAGGAGGAGGAAAACGAAGACGCCGGAAAGGGCGAAGGAUAGAGAGAGAGAGAGAGAGCCAGCCAGACAGGCGAAUUAAGCGGAGGCUCAAGGAGAGGAAUGAGCGCUGACAGUUCCGGGCUGGAUGAGGAUCGCCGACACAGGCAGUAGGUGACUGAGAUGGGCGUUCGCUUGAGCGCCUCCUUGUGGUGGCCUCCGCCGUCGCUGCCGCUGCUGCUGCUGUUGCUCGCUAGCGCCGCCCCCCGCUGCUCCGCCCGGCCCUUCGGGCUCCCGACGCCCGCCGUGAACGUGGCGGUGGUCUUCAGUGGCUCGGCCUACCAGUCAGAGAUCAAGGGGCGGCUGAGUCGUGAGAACUUCAUGGACCUGCCUCUGGAGGUCAACCCCAUCACUGUGCUGGUGAACAACACCAACCCCCGAGCGCUGCUCACCCGCAUCUGCGACACGCUGGCCGCUAACCGCGUCCACGGCGUGGUCUUUGAGGACAACGUGGGCUCCGAGGCCGUGGCCCAGAUCCUGGACUUCAUCUCCGCUCAGACCGGCGUGCCCAUCGUGGGGAUCAGCGGAGGCUCCGCCGUCGUCUUGCCGUACAAGGGCGAGGGUUCCAACUUCCUGCAGCUGGGCUCGUCUAUCGAGCAGCAGAUCAACGGCGUGUUCAAGGUGAUGGAGGAGUACAACUGGGACAGCUUUGUGGUGGUCACCAGCCUGUACCCGGGCUACGAGGCCUACGUGGACUACGUCAAGGCCUACAUCGACAGCAGCUACUUCAUAUGGGAGCUGCAGGACGUGCUGACCUUCGACAUGUCGGCCGACUCCUCCAACGAUAUGCGGGCGCGGCGGCUGCUGCAGCAAAUCGACGCCCAGGUGCUGUUGCUUUACUGUUCCCACGAGGAGGCCCGCUACCUCUUCAGCAUGGCGGCCGAGGCCGGGCUGGUGGGGCCGGGCUACAUCUGGAUUCUCCCGAGCCUGGCGGUGGGCAACCCUGACGUGCCGCCGCCCGACAGCUUCCCGGUGGGACUCAUCAGCAUCAUCAGCGACCGCUGGAGGCUGAGCCUGAGGAAGCGGGUGCGCGACGGCGUGGCCAUCGUGGUCAAGGGCGUGCAGAGCUACCGCAAGCAGAGGGGUUUUUUGCCCGAGGCCCACAACGACUGCCACAAUCCCGUCAAGACCUCCGCCACCAACGACACGGUCUUCAGACACAUGCUGAACGUGAGCUGGGAGCAGAACGACUUCUCCUUCAACGCCAACGGCUACCUGGUCAACCCGGCAAUGAACAUCAUCUCUCUGGACCGGGAGAGGCAGUGGGACAAGGUGGGAGUGUACGAGAUGAACAUCCUCCAGAUGAGGUACCCGGUGUGGCCCCGCUACGGCUCCUACCUGGAGCCCGUGUCUGACUACAGGCACCUCACGGUGGCCACGCUGGAGGAGCGUCCCUUUGUCAUCGUGGAGGCCGUGGACCCGCUGACCGGAACCUGCGUCAGCAACACCGUGCCGUGCAGACGACAGUCCAACAAGACCGAAACCAUCGUGGGCCACACAGAGCCGUACACCAAACUGUGCUGCAAAGGUUUCUGCAUCGACAUCCUCAAGAAGCUGUCGCGCAACAUCAAGUUCUCCUACGACCUCUACCUCGUCACCAACGGCAAGCACGGCAAGCUGGUGCGCGGCAUCUGGAACGGCAUGAUCGGAGAGGUAUUCUACAAGCGUGCAGACAUGGCCAUCGGCUCGCUGACCAUCAACGAAGAACGCUCGGAGAUUAUCGACUUCUCUGUGCCGUUCGUGGAGACGGGCAUCAGUGUCAUGGUGGCCAGGAGUAAUGGCACCGUCUCGCCAUCUGCCUUCUUAGAGCCGUACAGUCCGGCCGUGUGGGUGAUGAUGUUCGUCAUGUGCCUCACCGUGGUCGCCAUUACCGUCUUCGUCUUUGAAUACUGCAGUCCGGUGGGCUACAACCGCAGCCUGGUGACAGCCAAAGAUCCCGGCGGUCCCACCUUCACCAUCGGCAAGUCGGUGUGGCUUCUUUGGGGAAUCGUCUUCAACAACUCAGUGCCCAUCGAGAACCCCAAAGGCACCACCAGCAAGAUCAUGGUGCUGGUGUGGGCUUUCUUUGCCGUCAUCUUCCUGGCGUCCUACACGGCCAACCUGGCCGCCUUCAUGAUCCAGGAGCAGUACAUCGACACUGUGUCCGGGCUCAGCGACAAGAAGUUCCAGAAGCCUCAGGAGCAGUACCCUCCGUUUCGCUUCGGCACGGUGCCCAACGGCAGCACGGAGCGCAACAUCCGCAGCAACUACCCCGAGAUGCACUCGCACAUGGUCAAGUACAACCAGAAGGGGGUGGAGGAUGCCCUAAACAGCCUCAAGACCGGGAAACUGGACGCCUUCAUCUACGACGCCGCUGUGCUCAACUACAUGGCGGGAAAAGACGAGGGCUGCAAACUGGUCACCAUCGGCAGCGGCAAAGUCUUCGCCACCACAGGCUACGGCAUCGCUCUGCAGAAGGACUCCCGCUGGAAGAGGCCCAUCGACCUGGCCCUGUUGCAGUUCUUGGCCGACGGCGACACCCAGAAGCUGCAGACGGUGUGGCUGACGGGCAUCUGCCGCAACGAGAAGAAGGAGGUGAUGAGCAGCAAGCUGGACAUCGACAACAUGGCGGGUGUCUUCUACAUGCUGCUGGUGGCCAUGGGCCUCAGUCUGCUGGUCUUCGCCUGGGAGCAUCUGCUCUACUGGAAGCUGCGCCACUCGCUACCAAAGUCCCAGCGCCUCGACUUCCUCCUGGCAAUCAGCAGGGGCAUUUACAGCUGCUUCAACGGUGUGGAGCAGACGGAUCGCAACGGCAGCAUCCAGAGCCCCGAUGUCACCAGCAACUACUCGCAGGCUAACAUGCUAAAGAUGCUAAAGACGGCGAAGGACAUGGUGUCGUCCGCCCGGGUGGAGAACUCCCUGGACAGCGCCACCAAGACCCUGGAGAGCUGGAGCCGGCGAGGGGCAGCGGCAGACAACGCCCGGGCCGGCCUCCCGCCCCGCGUGGCUGCCGACGUGGCGCACUGCCGCCUGCCCUACGUGACCAGCAUCGCCGACAACCACAUGCCCUACCCGGUGAGGAGCCGGACCCCAACCUUCCCCAUCCACUACGGGGAUGGCGCCGCCCAGCCCCUCCUGGACAAAACGCGGGUGAUCACGCGACCCACACCAAUGCGCUACACGCUCCCCGCCCGCAACAACCUCCUGGAGAGGACGCUGCCCAUCUCCAGCCUCAGCAGCCCCCACCUCGCCAUGCCCGACGUGUCGCCCAGCGCCCAGCCCCAUCACGCCGGCCGGCUCUAUGUGGAGAACCCGGUGCGCCACCCAGCAUCACCUUUCGUCACCUACCGGGAAAUGCAGGUUCCCGGCAUCUAUGUGGAGCAUCGAGCCCCCCUGAGGAGGAAGCUGAGCUACCCGCCUGACUGCGGGGGCCGCAGGAGACGCAGCUACGUGCUCGAGUCCCCCGACCUGAGGUCGAGGGCCGACUACGACGAGCCGCGAUCCUGCCUGGCCGAGCUCAGAGCCAACCAGCUGAUGAAAAGCCACACCCCUUGCACCACCCCGGGACACUACCCGAGUACAGCCGCCAGCUGCAACUCCUGCAUGAAGUCGUACCUGGAAGCCGAGAUGGACAACGUCCCCCUGCUGGGCAAGGACAAACUCAACCGCAGAGCCUCUUUCCUUAAAGCUACCUGGGGCAACGAGCGCAUCCGGCAGGUGGACGAUACUAAGCCGUCCACCUCCGCCUCGCCCCGCCCCGCCGACGUGCCCGACCUAUUCCCGCGGGUGGUGGUGCCGGCCGGCGCCAAGCCCCACAGGUUGUACGGCAGCCUGGGACACAAUCUGUCCUGCUACCCGCUGGCCGCCGAGCCCGCCUACUUGGACCCAGCCCACAUGGGCUCAUACCCUUACAAGCAGAAACUCAAGUACGCCGACCCCACUCGGCUACCGUCGUACCGGGAGGCUGUCCUGCAGAACCCCGCCGCCCUGCGCCGCUCCUCGGCCACAUUGGUGCACAGACACUACUCCACCUACCUGAACUCUUACUCGGACCUGCCGGUGUACGUCACGCCGCCGAGCCAGUUCUACAACAGCCCCAAAGACCUGUGCCACCUGUUGCCGUGCGCCACCCACUGCCCGGACCACGGCCCCGCCCGGCCCGUGGCCUACCAGAACAGUGUGUUCGGGGCCGAGCGGGACGAGCCCCUCUCGACUGGCAGGGCACGUCGGCAGGUGUUGGUGGCGCGCCGGGUCAACAGUCCGUUUGUGCCAAAACCCUGGGGGAGGGUCUCCAGCCUGGAGUCAGAAGUGUGA